AGAGAGCAAAACUAAAGCUGGCUUUGCUUUUGUUGUUGACAAUCUGCCUGGGAGGUCGAUGCUAUAGUUACUAUUUUAAUGCUUCAUUUUAAUUACUGAUAAAUAUAUGAAAAUAAGAGCCUGCAGUAAAUCAUCCCGUGUUACUGUAGCCUCCUAGUUUUUAUUUACAAAGCCUGUAGAAAGCCUUCUUUAUAAUUCGCAGAGUCAGAGAUGGAAGAAUCCGGCACAGCCAGGCCCGGGGAGCACAUUCCAUACUUUUAACUUGGAGACCGAGAGGUUUCCUCUCAUUAAUUCAGCUAUAGAGUUCACUGAAACAAAUUCUGCAGUUUAAACGUUCACAAAUUUGCACGAAACAAGUAAACCUCUCAAGUUAUACAAUUGAUCCAGGAAAAUGGGCAAAGGAAAGAAAAAAGCAGGACCUACAGGGAAAAAGAUUACCCUUAAAUUAGCCAAAAACUCAUUAAGAAUGACAGCUGAUGGCAAGCGUCGACUAGACCUUAGUAACAUGGGCAUUGCAACCUUCCCCAAAUGUAUUCUAAAACUGGCAGAUGUAGAUGAGCUUGAUCUCAGCAGAAAUAUGUUACAGAAGAUUCCAGACUACAUUGAAGAUUUUAAGAAUCUACGUUGGCUGGAUUUCCACAGCAACCGGAUAGAAACCCUUCCUGAGACCAUUGGGCAACUCGAAAACCUCUUUUACCUUAACCUCUGCAACAACAAACUUACAGCAGCUUCUCUUCCACUGCAGUUAGGCCAGCUGAAGAAACUGCGCCAUCUCAACCUUGGAAUGAAUGGUUUUGAAUGCGUCCCAUCAACUCUUGCUGCUCUGAAGGAGCUGCAGGAACUAGGCCUGUUUGACAACCACCUGACUGGCCUGCCUGAAAACAUUGCUAAUCUUCCCAAGCUCAUGAAGGUAAAUGUGAAACGGAACCCGUUCCUUCAGACUGGAGAUGAAGAGGACAGAGACACCAUCCAGCGUUUAGAGUGUCUGUAUCUAGUCAAUGAAGAUAGCAUGUGUAAGCCCUGCCUCAAGAAGUGCAAAGAAGAAAGAGAUAAGUUAAACAAACUGAAGGGCUUUGCUCCUUCUGCAAGGAAGCUGGCUUUCCAAGGUCUCCUUACCCCGAAUUCCACAGCACAGGAAACCCAAGAAGAGUGGAGGUGAACAAAUCCAACCCAGCUCCUCUCAAUACUAGGCUAACAAUAUGCAUUCAUUAAACACAGACAUAUUGAGGCAUAUUUCCCCACUGUUGACAAUUUGCUAUUAACCUGGGUAAAUGACAAGGGCUAUUGCCCCAAGUGGAAACCCAGGCUCACUAUUACCCAGUAAUACUGUACAAACAGUAAAAUUAUAUGAAACAGUGCUCAGACCUCACUGGGUCUUCUGACAGCAGUGCAUACAUUGCCUUUAAUUUUAGAACUGGAAAUCACAGGACAAUUAAACAUAUAUGAGAAGAUGAGAAAUGGGAAUGUUUGUGUGAAGAUGGGGCAAAGAAUUCUAAAAACUAAAAUCACGUGAUUUAAAGAAAUGAAACUGAACAUUUAAAAAUGAUAAUUAUUGCAAUGUACUUGUUUUAAAAAAAGAUUAUAUUCAAAGUUUCUGUUUUUCUUUUUUGUAACACACCGUUUUGAAGCAAGGUAAAGACAAAGGAGGUUUUAUUAAAAGAAAUAUACAUUUUAACAGUAUAUAACUACUAUGAAUAUAUUCAGACAAUUUGCCCUUCCUGUUGCUUCAAAAGACAGCCCUAAGUUUAUUGUUGCUGUGCCAAUUUGUUUUUAAUACAAUUUAUAAAAGAAAAAGGAUAAUUAAAAGCCAACUUAUUGAAAA